AUGACUACUGAUGUGGAAACAGCGUUGCGGCUCUAUAAGAGCGGCAUACUCGAGGUUGCCGCCGAAUGCUACGGAUUUAAACGGGUUAGCAUGCCGCCUGGAGAGCUUCAGAAGAAUGUCGUUUGCGUUCGUGAAAGAUCCGGCGUUGCGGAAGUUGGUUUCUCCGCAGCAUUCUACGAUACAAAAGAAAGUGUCUACGGGCAGACGGAUUGUACGAAUCAGAGUACAACAACGCAUGCUAAUUCCAAUGUGCAGUCGAAUCCAUCCGUUCUGCAGCAACAGUUACAGCAGAAUCAAGGCCAGAGUCCGAUGGUAUCGCAGUCCAGUGCUGGGCAAUACAUUGCCCGCGAACAGCAGCAGCAGUCAGUGCCGCAGAUCUACUAUUCACAGCAGUAUCAACAACAAGCACAAUACGGUCAAAACUACCAAGUGGCUCCGAGACCUAUCCAGUCGCAGUCUGUGCAAAAUUAUUUUAACCAAGCGAACAUGCCACAGGCACGAAUGCAGUACGCCAUGCAGCAACAGCAGCAGCCGAACUUAGCUUUCCAACAGCCAUCCGGCGGGGAAAAUUCUGCCUCUACCUCAACAUCGUAUAGCGCCGUACAGCGAACUGCCUAUCAAACUCACGUAGGUGGCUACGAAUCGCACCAGAUGCAGCCAAACAACGACGCUGACCAGGCUCCUGGACCUGGUCAGAUGAUCGUCACAGCAAGUGAUAUGAACGUUUGCCAUCAGCCAAAUCCGUACCGUUCGGUUCCGCUCUACCAAAACUACCCUCAGCAGCAGCAGGCGCAAAGUAUGUACAAUGAUGUCGGCAGUCGGUAA